ACUUCCCCGCUCUCCGGUCGAACAUUGGCGAAGGCGUAUAACACGUGUGUGAGCUUAUCUGCUGGAAGGUCCUGCGGGUUGUAAUUUCUGCCAUAUAUAGCCCCUAAUACUGAUCAGCGUCUCAUCUAUGCAUCUAUUGUAGUUGAACAACAUACAGUUUGCGAAGUAUGCAACGGAUCUGUAGUUGCCGCUCAUCUUGAUUGGUGUAGAUGAGUAUUCACUUCUUCUGAAAGGCUCUGGCAAAUAGUUCCCAAAAAUCGUUACCAAGGUGCCAGCAAAAAGGACAAAUAUGGCGGAUAUAUAAAAGACAGUUCGAAUUGAGGAAGCCAGCUUGUAUGUGGUGAUGUGAAGGUGUUUAUGUUAUGUUGACGUGGCGGUGCCGCCACCCACAAGGUUACUAUAGUGGGGGUGUGAGAUCUCCACAUCGAUGAUGAGUAUUUGAGGCACAGUUUCUUGGCUAAACGCCGCCGUGAAAACCCCACGCAAGUGCAGCUAUGAAUAUUGGAUAUGUACGGACAGUAGUUUCUCAGCAAACUAAGCCGUGUCUAUGUUCGUCCGUUUGCAGCCUUACGCCGCCAUUUGUCAUAUUUACAAACGCCUUCCAUGCUUCUAUCCUCAUCAGUCCCGUAAAGCCCCAUGUGCCAAUAUGACCCCAAUUAUAUAAAUACAGUAAAGCCAGUGCUCUAUUUCUGCUCCCAUUCCAAGUGAUAUACGUGCCAGAUAUGUUUCUUCUCAGUAUCAUUUGCUACUGCGCACAUCAGCGGGUGGUAGUAGUUUCUGGGUGGGUUCACUACGAGGGUUCGCAGCCUCAUGGGCCAGUUGGUCUCGUGUCCUCAAAAAUUCAUGCACUCUCUCAUCUUUGUUAGCAUUCAUAGAGGCCUCUCUCCGUCGCCUCAUAAGUUCUUGGCUCAUAUCCCUAUGCAGCGCAUCGAUUUGAUGUGUCAAGCUUGAGGAGAAGUUGUCGACCACCCUGUUCUGUCCAACAAAUCCGAUGGUACCAAAUAAAAGAAUUAAUACCGCAAACACGCCAUUGGAGAAGUAUAUCGGGUCCUGCUUUUCGUUCCUGUGGUGCCAUUUCUCCCAGUCCUCCCAGGUCGCGUUGUAUCUUGGUCCACCAGGGCCACCCUCCCCACUUCUGCCAGAAUAUGGUGGGGCCCAGCUGCCAUGUUGUGUAGCCUUGUCUGAUUCUCCUUGCCAUCCUGUCCCAUACGCAUCGUAUGCAGCUCUCUUGGCAGGAUCAGAGAGCAGGUUGUUCGCGGCCACAAUAAGCCGAUAUCGCUCGAGCUUCGUUGCGUCCGAUAUCUCGUCGUCAUAGGAGCGGCUCUGGCUGAGUCGAUCUGGGUGGUAAAUCUUCACCAGUUCGUAGAAACGACGCUUUGAAUACGGCGAUCCUUUCUUUUGGUUAAAGAUCUCGUAGGGUGUAGGAACCGCGUUGGUUGACUUGACUUCGGGCCAUGGGAUGGUUGGAUGGGGCGCAUCUCUACUGCGCCCAUCUGCCACUACAGCAUAUGCCCUAGGUCCUGUAACUUCAGGCGGGAUGGUUGAAGUUCUAGUGAAUGAUUCGUUUUGUUGGCGAAGUCCUAACGUAGCUGACGACGAAGCUCCUGUGGAAGCUCCAAUUCCUUUCGCGCAUGCUGAUGACAGAGCAAUUCCAGCCUUCUUCAGCAUAACUAAACGCAGGCCACGAUGCCUAGGUUAUCUGCACGACCAUUCAUAUGUGAAGAACAUGUAUAGCGUGGCCAAGAUAGUUGCGAGCGGUUUUGGUAGUUAGGGAAAUGCGGAGGUAAAGUUAGUCGUCGAUGGAGAAGAGUAGGUUAAUUAAGUUACCAGAAGGCCCCGCAAGCCAAGUUUAACGAUAACGACUUGGGUUCAAUAUCAUGGGUGGUAGUGCCUAUAAUUAACUCUACACCCACAACUAUAGAACUGUUAAACACCUGGUGAGGGAAGGCAAGUGAGUUUUUGCGCCACUAUCUAUCUCUUGAAAUUAUUAUAAAAUGAUUAAAAAUUGUAACUAGUCGAUAAACCCUCGCGCUUACUGUCAACACUUGCAAGAAAUUAAGCGCCGAUGAAGCAGCACCAUAGACAACUUUGACAGUCUUCCGUAAUUCAAAACAUUCAAAAACUCAGUACAGUUGCUCAACUCCACAUGAUGUGAGUGCAUGGCACCGAAACGGCUUGUGAUCGUUUCUCUCUGUCCGUUAACUACCUCGCCCUGGAGGAAUAAUCACAGAGAUACACGAUGUUUGAUGAAAGGACAGGCCAGGUUUUUGAAGAGCGAAUCGCCCUAAUUCAAAGCCAGAAUGAUGCUCGGAAUUGGCCUAAAAAGACUCCAAUCGCGCUUUGUCAGAAGUACAGGAGCUCUGAAACAUCUGCAUAUAGAAACUAUUGCAAAGUAGUCGAACAGAACCGUUCUGGUGGAGAAAUAGUUGCAAAAGGUCCCAGGAAAUUAUUCGAUAUUUCUAUCAAAGUAUUGGUGUCUAAUCUGCAUUCUCUGCCACCGAACACCUUGAAGCACAUUCCACUGCAUCUUCUUGAGGAAGCUGCGAGGGUAGCCCAAGGGAGAUUCGCUGAGUUGGGUCCUUUGGGCAGUUUCCCGGAUGGGUUUUUAGAUCUGCUCCCACUCUCUACUGUCGAAGGGAUGUGGGCGGCCAUCAACCAAAGGGCCCAGUUGAACUUGGACACUUGGAAGAAGAUUUCCAAGAGACUACUUUCUGAGAAGCGUGACACUGUGACAGAACUUGGGCUUCGUCGCUACCGCCAAGAAAUUGAAUCACCAAGUCCAGAGUUAUCAUUCUACGCAGGGCCUGUCACGUCGACUUCGUUUGACUUUUUGACAUCUCUGACAAUUACAGCAUGGUAUCCAAUCCACGACCUGGUAAACCUAGCUGACGUCGUCAAUCUUGGAAUUUUGCAAAUUUAUGAAACCGAGAAAUCAAUUCUGGAGCUUGGAUUAGAGAGGCUUGUUCCUGAUAGACUUCUGAGAGCUUGGGCAGAGCUCGCGGUUGAAAACGGCGCCUUUUCUGUGCUCAGAGUCCUCAAAUUUCAUGUUCUCGAAGGUGGUCUCACCGACAGUAGCUUGAGGCACUUCAAUUCGUUCCCGGCAUUGGGGUUAGUAUACCCUGGUCCACAGGGUAUGAGCGAAUCUGUCGCCGUCAAAGCAAAGGAGCAGGGCUGGCAAGCCCUCUGCGAUUCAAAAACAUAUUUAAUCGGAACUCAGUUCAGCAAUACCAUCAAUGUGGUAAACCCGCGGGAUGAUAAUUACUCUUACGAUUACUGGGGUAAGCAGGUAUGGCAUAUGCCAUUCAUGAAUUUUGGUGCCAAUAAUCCAACAUCAUGGGAUGGUUGCGAAGUAACAACACUUCCAUCCAAGAAUGAAGGUGAAUUCCUCGCUGCUUUGGAAGCUACUAGACUUCCAACCCAUUGGCUGUCUGGGGUAAAGCAAGGCGGCCCCCAAAACCGCAUGGGCCGGGUUUAUAAGUAUGAUGAUUUUGUACAAGGCGAAUCGUGGCAGAAGACUGACUGGGACCUAUUUUCCGAGUCUUUGGGGCUGCCCAUGUCAAAUAUUGUUACUGAUGGGGAUGUGCACUGCCUCGAUCAAUUCCACGGUCUUACCUAUCUUCGGCUUGAUCGUGAUCUCCGUGCUGCUGGAGUUAAGGAGUGUGGGCCAGGUAUUGUCAGCAUAGGAGAUACCUUUAAAUCUAUCAUCAGCACCAUACCGAUAGUUAGCAUUCUUCUGGGCCCAAGGAAACUUGGCGAGAGGUUCGACAACCUUUCUCGCACCAAGACCUGGCAUUUCUUGAGGACCCAUAUACCGGAUAAAGUACCAAACCCAGACCAACCGACUUCAAAUCCUGCCGAUGCGAGGUCCUCUACGGCGCCGCCAUCAUCUAAUAAGCGGCCUGGGUUUGGGUCUAUAAAGAAGAGGCGUCCUGCAAAAGUGCAGAGGUUUAAAGAUUUCUUUGGGGCUUUAUAGUAAAGGGACGUUGGAAUAUGUCGGAUACAAGGC